AUGUACCAGCCUAGUCCCCUGUCCGGCCGUCCCGUUCGGUUGACCUGGUUGGGCGACCCUCCUCUUCUCUCCUCUCCUGAUCGAGUGUCGGCCACAUGUACACCCUCUAACCUGUUCAUCAACUGGCCUCUCCCUUCUCUCGCGCUCUACUUCAGUUUGUCGCCCGUGGACAUCUACAGGAUAAUGAGCCGACUUCGGAUCGAGAAAUCAAGUCGAGUGUUCAGACGACCCGAGGCCCGAGAACCAUUUCACCUCACACUGCUCUCUUGUGCGUGA